AACAACAAAAACCAAUCUCUUUUUAAACAUUCAAAUUACAAUUUCUAUUUCAUGAAACGACCCUUCUUUCAAUGGCCCUUGUAGAUCAUCAUCAAAAAAUCCACCCACUAACAGAUGUUGAACCACCACCACCACCACCACAGUCAUCAGCACCGCCGCCGCCGCUGGAAAAGGCUCUCCACCACCAAAUUCUCCCUCCAAAAAAGAGAAGAUCUUGCCUUUGCAGAUGCUUAUGUUACACAUUCUGUCUCAUUUUACUUCUUCUCAUCAUCCUCGGAGCUGUCAUUGGAAUUCUCUAUCUUGUUUUCAAGCCCAAGAUCCCGACGUUCUCCAUUGAUUCCUUGAAUAUUAGCGAUCUUCGACUUAAUUUUGACAUGUCACUCUAUGCCAGGUUCGACGUGAAGAUCACGACGUACAACCCGAACGAGAAGAUCGGAAUAUACUACGAGAAAGGAGGAGUUCUGAGCGUUUGGUACACAGAGAACAAGCUUUGUGAAGGGUCAUUGCCAGCAUUCUACCACGGCCACCGGAACAAGACGGCGUUGGAUGUGGUUUUGACCGGAAGGACGGUGUAUGGAAGCACUUUGAUGUCGGCGUUGGUGGAGCAACAGCAGACUGGUCGCAUUCCGCUGCAGCUUCAGGCAGUGGCACCGGUGGCGGUGAAGAUGGGGAAAAUGAAGCUUAAGAAAGUAAAGAUUUUAGGGAAUUGCUUGUUGGUGGUGGAUAGUUUGACUGCUAAUAAUGCCAUUACUAUUAAAGCUAGUAAUUGUAAGUUUAGGUUAAAGCUUUGAAUAUAUUUCUUUCAUUUGUAAAUAAAAGUUCUCUAAUUUUUGUUGUGUA